AUGAGAGCCAAUAUAAUGUCUAUACGGGCGGACGACACUGUGAAGGCUGGAUCGAGCGUGGGGAGGGCCGGGUGUGGGCGGUGUAGGAAGGGUACGGACGGUAUGGGUGCGUGGAAUGGGAGAUACAUAGUAUGUACGGAUGGUGCUUGGCUGGGAAGUCCACAGGGGCCGUGCAUGUUGGUCCGAGAUGACGACGAGGAAGAUCCUUAUGCACGUGAAGGUGGGCGGGGAGCUGGAGCGCGGAACUCGCCGAUCGAAGCAUGCAGGACAUGUUGGUGGGGUGCAUUGCACUGCAUGCAUGUUGAUGUUGGUGGGAUGCAGGAGAUGAUGUACAGCGACAUCGCGCAGGCCAUCCAGGCCAAGGGGAUCGACGCCAAACCCAAGGACUACCUCACCUUCUUCUGCCUCGGCAACCGGGAGGCCAAGAAGUCCGGCGAGUACCAGCCGUCGGAGCAGGCCGUGCCCGACAGCCUCAAGGCGCAGCAGAACCGCCGGUUCAUGAUCUACGUCCACACCAAGAUGAUGAUCGUGGACGACGAGUACAGCAUCGUGGUGUCCGCGUACAACCAGAGGUCCAUGGACGGGGCGCGCGACUCGGAGAUCGCCAUGGGCGGGUACCAGCCGGGCCACCUGGCGACAAGCCGGUCGGCGAGGGGGCAGGUGCACGGGUUCAGGAUGGCGCUGUGGUACGAGCACCUCGGCAUGAUGGACGAGGCAUUCCAGCGGCCGAAGAGCCUCGAGUGCGUGCACAAGGUGAACGCCAUGGCCGAAAGGUACUGGGACCUCUACGCCGGCGACGGCCCCGAGCGCGACCUCCCCGGCCACCUCCUCACCUACCCUGUCAGCGUCAGCGCGACCUCCCCGGUGGUACGUUGGUCAAAACAAAGAAAGAGAGGAAGACGGUUUUUGGUUUGA